AUGCUGCUGUGGAGACUGAUAGGGCGCAUGAACAUGAUCCAAGCUAAUGGUGAUGCUUGGAAGAAGCACUCGAGGAUCGUACGAGCCGCCCUACUUAACAACCUUCCCGUGGAAAUGUUUGCUGCCUUAUCUCACAAAGUCUUCGCUCUCAUUGGCAAGGGCGGUCUCAAGCGCUGGGAUGAUAUUGCGCAGAGGGUGGCUCUGGACGCGGUUGGGGCGUCCGUCCUCGGGCACGACUUUGACGCGAUUACGCAGGAGAGCGACUUUGUCCUGGAAUAUAACUCAAUCAUGCAUGAAAUCGCCAACCCCGUGUACCUCGUUAUGCCCGUCCUCGAGAGGAUCUUCCCUAGACGGCGGAUUAUUCGGCGAAUAGAGAAUCUCGUUGACGAUUUCGACAAAUUGCUCGAACGGAAGAGGCUAGAUCCCGGUGAAGAUAUAAUGACCUUCUUACUGCGGGAACCGAAUAUGACACAUACGGAACUACGAAAUAAUAUGGUCCUUCUAUUCAUGGCCGGGCAUGAUACAUCUGCUGGAGGGCUUUCGAGUCUAGUCUACUUCCUGGCCCGACAUCCAGAUAUGCAAGAAAGGGCUAGGAAAGAGGUACUCGAAACACUGGGGCCGCAAGGCGAGCCUACGGUUGGACGUCUGCAGAAAUUGACGUUCGUCAAUGCUUGUGUUCGGGAAGCGCUCCGCAUCAAUACCCCCAUAUCCUACAUCCUCCCCCGAUGCUCGGAAACCUCAGUCCAGCUGGGCAAGUACCUGAUACCGGCUGGCACGUCUUUGAACGUAAACGUCUAUGUGAUUCAUCACCAUGGCGGUUACUUCAAGGAUCCUUUCACGUUCGCGCCGGACCGUUUUCUUGACCAGGGUAAAUCGGACGCUAGCGACGACGCGUGGGUGCCGUUCGGGACUGGCCCUCGGCAAUGCCCCGCGCGCAACUUUGCUAUCUAUGAGCAGCGUUGCCUCAUAGCAAUGCUACUCCGAGAAUACAGGUGGACCUUGCCCGAUGAUAGCAUUCACAAGGAUGGGCUGCAUAAUGCAUUUUCACCAUUCGCUCUAACACUACCGCACGACCUUGAGGUUGUAUUCACGAAGCUGUAA